GACCAACCAUGUCGAAAGCUCCCGUCAUCCUGUUGGCGUCCGUGAUUGGCUGCCUGUCCGCGGUGCAUGCCGGGUACGUGCCGGAUGCCUGUAUGAACUGUAUCUGCUACGUGCAGUCCGGUUGCCACAUGCCGGACCCGAUCUGUCACAUGGACGGCGGCUCGCUUUCAUGUGGGCCCUUUCAGAUACAACAGAGGUAUUGGGAAGACGCACGUCGCAAGGGAGGUCCACUCAUGAACGACUGGCAGAUUUGUUCAGCGUCUUGGACGUGCAGCCGCGAUGCCGUGAACGGGUACAUGGAGCGGUACGCCGUCCAGUCACGGCUGGGACACGGCCCGACCUGCGAGGACUUCUCCCGCAUCCACAACGGCGGGCCCAACGGCUUCAAGAACCCGGCAACUCUCGCCUACUGGGGACGGGUCAAGAAGUGUCUGGGAGGUGGUCCCGAACUGAACGAGAUUGGCCUGGAGCAGAACGCGCAGACCAAGAAUCACACCAAGUUGGGCUGAUAACUAGCUCGUGCCAAACCUAAAAGCUAGUCGCUACACUGACUACGCUGACUAAUAGCACAGGGCAUUUUGCCAGAGGAGCUUCGCUACCAAAGGCCGGGUUUGGAUUCCUGGAGGAGGGAAAAUGUUAACCAUGGCAUGGACUGACUGUCCUGGCCAAUUACUUACCGAAUUCUACGGUAUGUACCCCAGUAGGAAGGCCUGGUGGAGGCUAGCUCAAAGCUGUGGCAUCCAGCCAAAAACAAAAGCCAUAUACGCACUGUAACACGCUUUCUGCUUGGCCUGGCGUAAAUCUUAGCAGACGAAGACAAAAGAACACUCGGUCAUUUACUCUGUUUGCAUUCGGAUCACGAAUAUCUUAGAAUCUUGUAUCUCCAGCUCUGUAGCCUUGUGAACAAAUCUUCAAACUCGAAUGCAUUGAACAUGUUUGCAUGUUA